GGGCGGCAGGCAGGAUGAGUCCAUAGAUGCACCAAAGUGUAGAGAAACAUGUUGCUGGAGGGAAGGACGUGCUUUUCUACACACUUACCUGGGAGCAACUCCCAUGGAACUUAUGCUUGAGUAGACAUGUGUAGGUUUCCUCUGUAAAAUCCCGGUUUUCUUCAUUGUUUGGGUAGGCCUCACAAAAAGGAACUCGGAAGUCCAGAUACUUGAUGUGCAUCUAUAAAUUGGCAAGUUUAUGAAAAGACACUAGAAACGUAGGACUUGGGGUUUUUUUCUUUUGUGCGCAGGCGCGUAUUUGCCCUUUGAUUUCUUCCGACGCAAGCGUAGUUUGAACCGGGCAAGAUCUGGCGUGCGCAUGCGCUUUACCGGCUCCCUCCCUCCUCUGGUUCUGAAGAAACCUGGACCAUGAACACAGCACAGGGCACUGUGGGCAGCGACCCCGUCAUCUUGGCCACUGCUGGCUAUGACCACACAGUUCGCUUCUGGCAGGCCCACAGUGGGAUAUGCACCCGGACCGUCCAGCACCAAGAUUCUCAGGUCAAUGCUCUUGAGAUCACCCCAGAUCGGAGCAUGAUUGCUGCUGCAGGCUAUCAACACAUCCGUAUGUAUGACUUGAAUUCCAAUAACCCAAACCCUGUUAUCAACUACGACGGUGUCAGCAAGAACAUCACCUCUGUUGGCUUCCAUGAAGAUGGUCGCUGGAUGUACACGGGAGGCGAGGACUGCAUGGCCCGCAUCUGGGACCUCAGGUCCCGCAACCUCCAGUGCCAGCGCAUUUUCCAAGUGAAUGCCCCAAUCAACUGUGUCUGCCUCCAUCCCAAUCAGGCAGAACUUAUCGUUGGAGACCAGAGUGGGGCCAUUCACAUCUGGGACUUGAAGACGGACCACAAUGAACAGCUCAUCCCAGAGCCGGAAGUCUCUGUCAACUCAGUUCAUAUUGAUCCUGAUGCCAGCUACAUGGCUGCAGUUAACAGUUCAGGAAACUGUUAUGUGUGGAAUCUCACAGGUGGCAUAGGAGACGAGGUGACGCAGCUCAUCCCAAAGACCAAGAUUCCUGCGCACAGCCGCUAUGCUCUCCAGUGCAAAUUCAGCCCAGACUCCACGCUUUUGGCGACCUGUUCUGCUGACCAAACCUGCAAGAUCUGGAGGACGUCUAACUUCUCUCUGAUGACGGAAUUGAGCAUCAAGAGCAACAACCCAGGGGAAACCUCCCGCGGCUGGAUGUGGGACUGCGCGUUUUCAGGGGACUCUCAGUACAUUGUCACAGCCUCCUCUGAUAAUCUGGCCAGGCUCUGGUGUGUGGAAACAGGCGAGAUCAAACGGGAAUACAGUGGGCAUCAGAAAGCGGUCGUCUGCCUUGCUUUCAACGACAGCGUCUUGGGCUGAGAAGGAAAGCUGCGCUCACAAGAUUGCUGCAAGACUGGUUUUUUUUUGGGUCAGGUGUGCAAAGACUGUGUUGCCACCCACAGCUGCCUUUCUGCAGAAGAGCCAGAUUCAAGUAAAAUUGAAGCCACCUUAACCAUCUUUGCACAGUGGCAGGCAGUUUUAAAACAGAACCUCCAGAUUUUGUUUGGCGUAAGAUCUUUGUGCAAAAGUAUCGCUUAACAAAGAGUGGUUUGUAAGGAGAAACUGUGACACUCAGCACCAAUGUUACUGUAUGGGAUGGAUCUCCCAACAGAGGGUUUCAACUUGCUCUCUUUGGGGGACUGCUUUUGUUUAGAUGAGGCUGCCCUCUGUUCCUUCCAUUCACUUUUGCCCAACGUAAAUGGCUAAGCGGA